CACCUUCACUACCUUCACCACAACUACCAGCACCGUCAUUUCCUUCACCACCACCACCAUUAUUACCUUCACCGCCACCUUCACCACCACCACCAACAACACCAUCACCUUCUUCACCCCCAGCACCCUCAUUUUCUUCACCACCACCACCACCAUUACCAUAA